AUGGCUUACCGAGACCUGAUCAGGGACUGGAAUGAAGGGGUUUUGGCUCUAGAGAACAGCAGCUGGGAAUCUGCCUUAAACAUCUUCUGCAGGAUUGAAAACCCUCACUCCAAAAUUGACUUCAAUAUUGGCUGCUUGCAUCUCGGAAGGGGAGAUCUGGAGCGAGCUCUGGAGGCAUUUGACCAAUCUGUUUCCAAAGACAAUUGCUUGGCUGUGGGGUUCUUCCAGAGAGGGUACGUUUACCUGCAACUGGAAAGAUAUGAAGAAGCCCUGAAUGACUGCAGGCUGGCCCUGUUGCACCUCAGAACGGGUCCCUUCAUCGAUUACAAGCAGCUGGGUCUGAAGUUUGUGCUGUAUCCCUGGGAGGUGCUGUACAAUACUGCCACGGUCUACUGCCGGCUUGGGAAGUGGCAGGAUGCCCGGCGGGUGCUGCAGGUGGCUACCAGACAGACCCCGAAGAGCCAAAUCCACCACCUUGAUAUUGCUCUGGAGCAAGUGCAGGAACAUCUCUUUCUGGAACCCCGAAGUGUCCCUCAGGGAGAGAUCUUCAAGCCCCCGAAGAAGGAUGUAGAAGAGCUGGAAGAAAAGGAUUUUCUGGGCCAGGCCAAGGUCAUCUCCUCUGCUUUCGAGGGAGAUUACACCAGCAGCUUUCACGGUCUGCAGCUACAGAAAGGGAGAAGUGGCAUUCCCCCACCACCUGGGAAAGUGCUCCCCAACCGACCCCGUGAGAGACAAAAGAUUCCAAAACCAGUGCUGGCAGAGGGAGAGGUGGACAAGGGAGACGCAAACAUCGCUGGCCCAGAGACAGCCCUGGAGGGGCUGUCGGCUUCAGAGGAGAUUGCUCACAUCGGUGAGAGUGACAGGCCUGUCCUGUUGAACAUCCACGCUUCCUACACCAUUCAGAUGAAGGUGAGCACCACCCCAACCUUGGCUGAGCUCAACGCCCUGCUGCAGGAAGAGUGCUGUCGGCAGGCUGCGCAGAUGUCACUGAGGUACAGGUCUCCGGGCCGUGAUGAAUUAAUCCCCGUUAGCGAUGAUGAGGAGCUGAGGAACGUGUGGGGGGAUGUGCAAGGGGGCCAGCUGACCCUCUGGUGCCAGGGCAAAGAAAAAAUUGCAGACAGACCAGUCCUGUACCACAUGAUUGCGUGCCACCCCUAUACUGCUCAGGGGCAAGAGGACUUGACUUUUAAAGAAGGCGACAAGCUGGAGAUCCUUUCUGAAGUGAAUGAGGAAUGGCUGGAGGGAUGCUGCAAUGGAACCGUUGGCAUCUUCCCAAAGUGCUUUGCUGUGCGGGAGAGCGCUGUUGCCUAG